AUGGUUGGGUCAUAUUCAAAGAAGCGCAAGGUCCAGGAUGGAAUGCAGGGCAAGACCAGUCGGCCCAAGAAGUUCCGCAGGCAGCGCGAGUAUCACAGCGGCUCCGAGGACGAGCAGGACGAUGAUGGCACUUUCAAGCCUGUCAAUCUCGGCGAUUCAGAUGAGGAGGGAGGUGUUUCAGUGAACAGUAUCCCUGUUGUUCCCCGUGUUCCCAAGAAGACCACCAAGGCGACACCUGCACCCAAGCAAAAACCUGCCGCCGACGCAAAAGAUUCCGACGACCACGACAACGAUGGGGAGGACGACGAAGCUGAUGAGGAAGACCUCGAUGCCUCUGGCUCUGAAGAAAACGAUGAUCUUUCCGAUGAUGAGCAAUCUACUACAGGCGGCAAGCGCCGUCCUAUCGCCAAGCGCAACGAUCCCACUGCUUUCUCUACGUCCAUCUCCAAAAUUCUGUCCACCAAGCUCCCAGCCUCUGCCCGCGCCGACCCCGUCCUUUCCCGAAGCAGAUAUGCUGCGCAAACAAGCAGUGAAUGGGAUAAUGAGAAACUCGACAAGCAAGCUCGUGCUAAGAUGCGCGCCGAGAAGAAGGAGGAAUUGGACCGCGGCCGUGUUCGUGAUGUGAUGGGUAUUGAGAGAGGUCUGACCGGACAAGUUGGAGAGGAGGAGAAGCGCCUGCGCAAGACUGCGCAACGUGGUGUUGUCAAGCUGUUCAAUGCUGUUCGUGCUGCUCAGGUUCGGGGUGAAGAGGCUGCCAGAGACGAGCGCAAGAAGGGAACUGUUGGUAUGGGAGAGCGGGAGAAGGCUGUCAAUGAGGUCAGUAAGCAGGGCUUCUUGGAGCUGAUCAAUGGCAAGAAGGGAAAGCCUUUGAAUAUUGAGGAGGCUUAA